AUGUCUCCUCUAUCAACUCCACUACGGGCGUUCCACCUGGCACUCAUCAUCGCGAGCUCUGGGAGUAUCCUUGCCAAUGGCCAGGAGGUAGGAGCUGAUAUCAAUACCCAAGGGCAAUGCCUCAAUCUGCAGAGCUCGCCACUGAAUCGUGGUAAUCGCCUCCGCUGCCCUCCACCGCUAUUAGAUAGCCCAGCCCAGCUGAAAGAUGCUCCAUGGACACAUCCGGUUCAGUGCAUAGACGGCAAGACGGCCGAGGACGCCCCUACGGUUCAUUGCUUAUAUACUUCCUCAUCGUUCGGGGAUGGGCAUGGCACCAGCAUCAUCACCAAACCGGUAACUGCCGCCGAUCUUAUCGGUGCAGAUGCGAUGGAGGAACUGCCUCGCCAUGGAGCACUCGGCAACAGGUCGUACACACCAGGGCCGGUAUCCACUGCCGACGGGCCGGCCUACGAGAUCCAGGAUGUUCCGGGAAAAGGCAAAGGUUUAGUAGCUAAACGGAAGAUAAAGCAGGAGGAGAUCGUGAUGCUCGACUUCCCGGCACUGAUUGUCAGCACCUCGUUCUUGAUGGACACCAAAGCCCACUUUCGCCGGCGUUUGCUGAAGAAGGCCAUUGCUCGCCUGCCAGAGGCCACCCAGAAACUUGUCUACGACUUGUCUAGAAGCACUGGCGGGGAGAUGAUUGACGACAUCUUGGGGACCAACACUUGCUCGUUCAAUACUGGAGACAAUGAGCCUCACUUGGGACUGUAUCCCGAAUUCUCGGCAAGUUACCUUUGA